CUCUCGCAUCCUCAACUACCUCCUUCCAUUUGUGGUCACCAUGUUCUGUGGUCGUCUGGGGAAUGAAGUGAUGGCUGGAUAUGGAUUAGCUUCUGCUACGAUUAAUGUGACGACUGCAGCGACAGGAUAUGGUCUGGCUUUAGCCUGUGAUACUCUGGUGUCUCAGACGUUUGGGGGUAAGAACCUGCUGCGUGUGGGAGUGAUCCUUCAGCGUGGCAUCAUCAUCCUCAUGUUGUUCUGUUUGCCGUGCUGGGCUCUGCUCAUCAACGCCCAGAUCAUCCUUUUACAGCUGGGCCAGGAGCCGGAGGUGGCCAGAAUAGCGCAGCUGUAUAUCACAGCUUUCCUUCCUGCUGUUCCUGCGAUGUUUCUGCAUCAUCUCCAGGUGUCGUAUCUGCAGAACCAGGGAAUAAUAACGCCACAGAUGUACGCAGCUGCGAUGGCCAACGUCGCUAAUGUGCUCACCAACUACGUGACUCUUCACUGGCUGGAUCUGGGAGUUCGUGGAUCAGCAGCAGCCAACGCUCUGUCUCAGGUUUACAUCUGUGUUUUUCUCUUUGCCUACAUUCGCUGGAAGAAUCUUCACGUGAACACGUGGGGAGGCUGGUCUGUGGAAUCACUGCAGGAGUGGGGCUCUUAUAUGAAGCUGGCCGUUCCCAGUACUCUGAUGAAGUGCUUUGAGUGGUGGGUUUAUGAGUUUGGGGGAUUCUUUGCAGGAAUGCUGAGUGAAGACGAGCUGGCAGCUCAACACGCUGUGAUCAUGGUGUCGUUCAUCACAUACAUGUUUCCUCUCGGACUUCAAGCUGCAGCUUGUGCUCGAGUGGGAAACGCUCUGGGAGCCGGAGACACAGCCAGAGCCGUCAUCAGCAGCAAAGUGUCCCUCAGUCUCGCAGGAAGCAUCGCCGUCGUUGAAGGUUUGGUGCUCGGCUCGACCAAAUCAGUGCUCGGCUUCAUCUUCACCUCUGACCUGAAGAUCAUCGCUCUUGUGUCUGACUUGAUGAACGUUUACUGUUUCCUUCAGUUCUUCGAUGGUCUUGUGUGUGUGUGCACCGGUAUUUUCCUGGGCACGGGCAAACAGAAGAUUCCAGCCGUGGCUAAUUUCCUCGGAUAUUACUGCGUGGGACUUUCACUCGGCGUUACGUUAAUGUUUGCAGCAAAGCUGCGAGUUUUAGGGUUUUGGCUUGGGCUCCUCGUUUGUGUCGUUCUACAAUCCACCUUCUACAUCAUUGUCAUCUUCAGGCUGAACUGGGAGAGAAUGACAGAGGAGGCGGUGACGCGGGCACAGAAAAACACUCGCGUGACUUUACUGAGCGCAGCUGACUCUGCAGGGAACAACGCUGCUGACCAAACAGCAGGUAAUGACCAUCCUGUGGAUGAAGAGGUGUUUGUGAGGAGUGAGUGUGAUAAUGGAAACACUGAGACACGCGGUGGACAUGUGGUGCUACAGCAGCAGCAGCAGCAGCAGACGGGCGGUCGUCUCUCCGGCGCUCAGCUGAUCCUCAGACGAGGCCUCACCGCGUUUGCAGCGCUCGCUCUUCUGGCCGCGGGAACGAGCGUGCACUUCCUGGUGCCUCUGCCGGAGACUCUGGCCUCGGAGGGCGGCGACAACGCAACGGAGUGGAUCAACUCCACGUUCACUCCCGAUCACAUUUAA